UGUCAUUUUGCACUGUUAGAUCCCAGAAGAAAUCGAUGUCUCAGUUCACAUCCUAACUGUGGAAAAUAUACGUAGAUUGGUAUCUGAUUCUGGAAGGAGUAUGUGAUCCAAUAUGGCGUUGUGGUGCAGAUUGAUUGUGAUAUCAGGUAUCUGGUUUCUUUAGGAUAUGGUGUGUUAACGGUUGACACGAACAACGAUCAUUUACAGGUACUUGCGCGAUACAAUACCACAGGGUUUGGUUUGGACAGGAAUUUGGAAUCAAAUACUCGGGACUUGGUGCUAGAGUGGGAGUUUGACACACCAGCCCCCGGAGAGCGAGUAUGAGGGAACGCCUGUCUCCGCCUGUGUACCCGUCUCACCUGGACCAGGGCUGGGCACAGGCCACCAGUCCAGUAUGGUGACACGCUCCGCCUCGCUCAUCUACGGCUGCCAUGGCUUUAGCAGACUGCUGUGGCUUCUGUUGGUGCUGGGGGGAGGGGGUGGCCUUCUGUGCGGGGUCGGGGGAGUCAUGGGGGAGUGUCCCGCUCUCAAGACUGAAUAUGGAUGUACCUGUUCAACGACAGCAGUGCAUUGUGAGAACAAGAAGCUAGAAACAUUCCCACAAGCCAGAUACUUCCCCAGCGGUGUACAAUACCUAUACUUCACAGCCAACAGCUUGUCAGAGCUAGAUCUGACAAAUGAAAGGUUUUCUAACCUUAAGAUCAUUGAUUUCUCCUACAACAAGUUAGAAAGUAGCUCAGAAAUAGGCAGGAGUAUACAUGCUCUUAAGAAUCUGGAAGAACUGUAUCUACAAAACAACAAGCUACAGAAAAUUGAUACUUCCUAUCUUCAUGGUACCAAAAUAAAAAUUUUGAACCUGUCAAGCAAUCCAGUGGACAGGUUCAUGUUUGAUGACGACCACGACAUUUCUGUAGAGGACUUCCAGUUAGCAGAUUUACACUUCGCUGAUUUCCCAAUCAAAGCCUUCAAAAUAUUCAAAAAACUGGAAACAUUGGACAUUUCUGGGAAUGACUUACCACACAUUGAAGAAGGAACUUUUUCUCAUAACAAGGACCUUAAGGAACUGCAUUUAAACAACAACAACUUCACUACUUUAUUAGAGAGUGUAUUUGAUCAAAUCAAACACUUGAGAAAAAUCUGGUUGACUGACAACCCCUGGAACUGUGACUGCUCCUUGCAAUGGCUGCAUGACAGGAUGAAUGAGAAGAAAUGGCAAGACAUCUUCCAGGACCAGGACCAGGUCCGGUGCUCCAAGCACCCGGAUACAGCCCUUGUGGAUGUGUCCAGGGCCAAGUUUUCCUCAUCAGGCUGCCAUAAGCUUGUCAAACGAGAAGUUCCAGACGAUCCUGUGUAUGACCCUAAAAUCACGGCAACAGACAAAACUGACAUCAGUGGCAGCCUUGCGUACGCCACAUGUGUCCAGGAGGCGUCCCAGUCCAGGUUCGUCGUCUACAACACGCAACGGAAAGCCAACAACUGGACGGAAUGUCACCAGUUCUGUUUCAACAAAAGCUACUCCUACUUCGUUCUCAAUACGGAAAAUGACUGCUUCUGUGGCGACGUCAAUGUCAACUGCACCUGUGCUUGUGCAAAAUCCUACACAACCAUACCAGGGGCCAAGGGCAUUAUGUCCGGUAUUAAAGUCAACUAUACAUCUCCCGUUGUCAUCGGAACACCAGUCACCUUGGCUCUGCAGUGGGACGUCAGGUUCGACAGCAUGGAGGUGGACUUUGGGGAUGGCAGCCAUCUUGUGACGACAACGUCAAUGUCGCUGGCACAUACCUAUAUGUAUCCUGGCAACUUCCGCCUGAAGAUGAAACUGUGCUGCUCUGAGUGUGGAAGCUGUGGUGAGGUGGAGACUGGGAUGAAGGUCUCCAGCCUGGAUGAUGAAGGGAGGUUGGUGUGCGAUGAAUGUGUGAAGCUGUCUGAGAGUGUCUCCAUGAAUGCCAAGUUUUCCUAUGGCUACAACUCUGAGAUAGUCUGGAGCAGAACUGCAGAGGAGGAUUCCGCUACAGUUUCCCCACCUUGCUUGCUGGGGAGCAAGUACAGUGUUAAUGACCAUUGCUACAUCCUCUACAGCGAAGAAAAGGACUGGAAGUCCGCCAAGACCAACUGCACUGACACCCAUGGCGGCUCACUCGCCAUAGUUGAGGAUAAUCAACUUUCACAUUUUCUUGUACAGAUCAUGAUAAACCAAUCUGUUAGUGAGGCUUGGAUUGGCCUGAACAAGUCUGCAUCGCUAGAUAACUACAUGUGGACAAACGGCAACCUGUUCCGAGGUUCUACAGAUGGGAUGAGGAUGGAAUGUGGCUACCUUUCAGAAGAAGACACUGUUGACACUUAUGGGUGUUUAGAUGAACACAGCUUCAUAUGUGAAUAUACCCCAAACAAUGUGGUGAGCACAGAGAUUCACAUCGCUGGUAGUCUGGAGAUGGAGGACACGAGUCAGAAAACGGUAGAGCUGACGUCAUCUAACGAUGCUGCCGUCUCCUCAUACAGCCUCAUGUACAUGCCAGGUCACUGGUUUACUGUGAGUGGCAAAGUUCUAUGGUUCACCUUCAGGGCUGAGUCACUUCCAGCAGACACCCUCAUCAAGUUGGUCCUCUACCGCCCCAACUGCACAUCAGACAUUGAAAACCAGCCAGGUUGUGGAGGGAACCAGUUCUAUUCCUGUGAUAACAAAACCAACGACUGCAUCAAACGACCUACUGAUUGUUCCAGUGGCAAUAUGUGCUACCUGUUUGAUGAAUGUAUCACUCCAGGUCAAGCCUGCAGCUGCAGUGGUGCACAUGCCAGCAGCAUCGUUUGUGGCAACAACCCCAUCGUCACCGGCCAUACUCCAAUGUAUACAAGCAUAGGCCACACAUCAGCACAAAUCCCCCAAAAGAGCCCACUCCUUUACAAAGUGAAAGCCAACAUUAGAGUUCAACCUGGUGAUUUCAUGGGUGUUCUGUAUCAAGGGGAUAGAAUUCCCAUCAGGUGCAUGGAGAACACCACCUCACAGUGGAGGCAUCUCCUGUACUCGGUACCAAAUGUGACAGGUGCAAAUAGUGAUAUCCCAACCUCCAAAAGUCAUCUUGAAGAUCAACUGUGCAUGAUCAAUGCCUUCUAUUCCAAAACAGAGAUGGUGCCACUCCCGUCCGAGUUGGCUUCACUGCCUAAGAGUGGGCUGUACACCUUCAAGUACAGGGUACAAAGCAGUGGCGUAACUAAGACAUGCAAUGUGACGGCAAUCGAAGAAGUCGGACAGAUCUUGUGGGUGAAUCCACAUCUUGUCUCCAGUAACAUCCAGGUCGAGCUCAACACCAUUGCCACUUUGGUUGCCAAGGUUACCAGUGGGUCCGAUCUGAUAUAUGAGUGGACAAUCGGGGGCGUGAAUGUUACCAAUAAUAUGACCCUGACCGAGAACUGCCCUCUGGGUGUUGACAACACAUCUGCGAAGUGUUUAACCAAUGAUACCUCCCUUGUUAAACCAUUCACUUUCAUACAACACACAUUUACCUCAUCAACUGAACUUAGGCUGAAAGUAUCAAACAAAGUGAGUUCUAAGGAGCACAAGUAUUCGAUCACUCUGGGUCCAUGUAUGCCGAUCCAGGGACUCCAGCUUUGUCACGAGAGUUGCCAGACCCCUAGUGGAUGUGCAGAUCCAUGUCAGCCAUUGAUUGAGUUUGGUGUCCCCACGUUCUUCCCAGUGAUGUACACGCAGGGCAGUGCUGACAGCACCUACACCUUCCUUGUGAAUGACACGGAGGAGGUCGGGACCACUAACAGCAACCGGUCAAUAACAUUUACAUCUACGGGAUUCCAUAGGGUUGCGGUCAACAUGACAUGCGGCACCCAUUCCGACACUGCUGAACUGGGUGUCCAAAUCAAGCGGGCUGCCAAUGUUGCAGAUCUGAAUGUUUUUGUGCCUCCAGGAGUAGUUAUUGGUGAAAAGUUUGUCCUGAGAGUAGCAGGUCACGUAAAUAACAGUGCAGACAUUGAGAUCAUUGUUGAUUUUGGAGAUGGCAAAGAGGAGAAACAUGUAACGCUUGUUACUUCUGGCAGCGAGCUAAACCAAAACAUAGAGUACACAUACAACAAAGAAAAAUAUUACACAGUACAUGUAGUUGUUCGAGAUGUGUUCAAGAAUGUUUCCAAGGAUGCUUCCCUGUAUGCCUUGGCAGCAGUGUCUGCAACAGCAAGGGCAGAACCAGAAUACGCUAAGGUGGGACAGAAUGUAGAGUUCAAGAUAUGGGUUGUACCUGUGAAGGGAUCCGAUGUGAAGCUUGACAGCAAGAUGUAUUACAACUGGAGCUUUCCUGCUGGAGUGGAGAGACGUAUUGAGUCGGAAGUGGUCAACAGCACAUAUAAACAUGCCAUCAAUGUGCCAGGGACCCAUAACAUCAGUGUGAGUGUCAGCAACUUAGCCAGUACAUUUUACACUUACGUCAUGGCCCACAUUCAAGAGUGUGUCACCGGCCUCAAACUUCAGUACAAUGGACCAUCCCACAUCAACAACACUGUCAACUUCACUGCAACUAUACAGGAUGGCACAAAUGUUCACUACAGCAUGGAUCCAGAUAAUGGCUCGGGAAGAAUAAACCAGACCAAUUCAACAUUUCUGAUCAACUUCAGCAACCCGGGAAUUUACAACACCUCUGUGAUAGCAUAUAAUGAUCUCACCAACUGUGCCUUGUCAAGGGAGGAACUUACAGCAUACAUCAUCGAUGAUGAAACAUUAUUCCUCCUGGACAUCCUGCCAGAGAAAUGCUUGCCUUCAAAAAGACCUGAUGUCCUUGCAGCCGUAGCCAUCAACAUCAACCCAUCUGGACUGAACUAUACGUGGGACUUUGGUAAUGGAUCACACACCAGUGGUGUAGGUUUGCUGAAUGUCAGCAUUCUCUAUAAGGUAUAUGGCAACUAUGAAGUAUCAAUUUCCUCAAAGACAAAAAGGUUUGUCAAGAAUGUGUGCAUUCAAGAAGAGAUUACCAACUUGACGAUAGGUCCUCAAGCAACUAUAGGCAUCACACCCGGGGAGCCAACAAUGGACAAUAUCACCACAUCAGUCAGCACAGGAUCAGACAUAACUUACGUGUGGACAGUUAACGCAGGUGAAACCGCAAUGUGCGAUCACUGGUCAUGCAUCGUUGAGCUUACACACGCAGGGAAAUAUCCUAUCAAAGUCAAUGCCUCUAACAAUGUGAGUUAUGACACAGAUAACAUAGUUCUAGAGGCCCAGUACAGAGUCAUUAACCUAACAUUGACAUGCUUGUCUUGUGCAAUGGUGAAAUACCAAAGUACAUCCAAAGGUGUUAGGAUGAGUGCUGUCGCUGGCAAUGCAACUGAUGUAUCAUACAGGUAUAAUUAUGGAGGAGACUGGGUGAUGGAUGCCACCCACAGAUUCAGUAAUGUCAGUACAUACAGCAUCUGUGUCAAUGCUUCCAAUCUAGUAAGUGAUAAAGAGGUGUGUAUGGAUAUCGUCACUGAAGAUGAAAUUGAAUCUUUGACUCUGACCUCGAAUGUGUCAACAGCGGAAGGUGACUUCGAAGUGGAGGUUGGUACAUAUGUGCAGUUCACAGUGAAUUACACCAAGGGCACCAAUGUGACCUUCACGUGGUCUUGUGGUGAUGGUCUUGUCAGGGAAAACGAAGGGCAAGUGUUUGUCUGCCAUUUUCAACAGUCGAAGAAACAUUCAUUUUCUGUUACAGCAGUGAAUGUGGUGUCAAGUGGAAAUAAAUCUUUGAACAUUUAUGUUCUUCAGGAAAUUAUAAGCCUGAACAUCUCUCAAAAUCUGUUUCAAGGACGAUAUGCUGCCACUAAUGAAGGUGCCAACUUCACAGCAAAGAGCAACACUGACCUGAAUGUGGCAUACCAUUGGAUGGUGAAGUCAUCGGCCGACAUCUGUGAAGCUGUUGGAAAAUGGAUGGAAGGGCACUGCAAUGACAAACACUUCACUGAAGCAGGACUCUACAACAUCACUCUGUAUGCCAACAAUUCACUGAAUGAUUUAGCAACCUAUACAGAAAUUGAAGUGAUGGACAGAAUAAAAGGUCUGCAGAUCAAGUUUGAUGCAAACGCUAUAAGUGUGAACACUAGCACUGUCUUUACUGCUCAGGUGACAGAUGGUGCAAAUCUUGUCUACCACUGGAGAGUCAAGUGUGAGUCAGCUGAAGUAAAAGACAUUACCACAGCCACCAUGACUCACUUCUUUGACAAACUGGGGACAUGUGAUAUCAGUGUCAAUGCCACUUCUAAAUUGGAACCCGAGGGUAAAAACAGUGGAAGUAUUAUCCAUGUUGAAGAGAUAGUCUCUGAUAUUAAGAUCCAGAGUGCUACACAAUAUGUAGCUCAUGGUUCAGAGGCUGUGUUUGAUAUUACCCGAAAGUCUGGAAGCAACUUGAGCUUGACCUGGAAACUCUCUGGUCCAGGAACUACUGUGGUCAACCAUGAGGUCAGCCUGAUUUAUAGGUUUGUCCAUACAGGAGAGUAUACUCUGUCAGUCAAUGCAUCCAACCGGCUCAACAGUGACACAGACAUGAUGGUGAUCUAUGUUGAGGAGAAAGUGUUAUCGGUCACCAUUACGGUCAACAAGAGCCUCAUCAGGACAGCCACGGCAAUCUGGUUCCAUGCCGGUGCUGCACCUGCAGGAAUAUAUAGGUACAACUGGACCAUCAAUGAAGAACAGUGCCAUACAGAUGCAGAUACGUUUGACAAGUUUUUCAACAAUUCAGGUAUUUAUGUGGUAAAGGUUUAUGUGUACAACAAUGUCAGUUUCGCUGUUGAUUCUAAGGUGAUAACUGUUCAAGAACCAAUCUCAGGACUCCGAUUUGAUAAAUGCGAAUCCAAAGUGACCGGUGAGGAAACAACGAUCACAGCAUUGAUAACCCAUGGAACAGAUGUUACAUAUUCCUGGAUCUAUUCAUCACCUGAUGGAAGUAAAUCAACUGCACAAGGUAAAGACCUAACCUUAGACUUUGAACAUGAGGGAUACUAUCAUAUCGAGUUAUUUGCUGAAAAUAAUGUCAGCUCAGAACAAAUAAACUGUACAAUCAAAUCCCAAGGAAAAGUCAACAUCACCGACCUGGUUGUAAAAUCUGACAACAAGUAUAAUUUUGUCAACCAGACCAUUUACUUUGAGGUCAGGGGUGUGAACCUUUAUGAUAUAAAUGUAACCUGGUUGUUCAAUGACAGUUAUGUAAAUAAAACUGUGGACAAGAAGCUCCAAUGGAAGUUUCCAUCAGCGGGACUGUACAUUCUUACUGUCAUUGUCAACAAUGAUGUCAGCCAGAAUGAAAAGACACAACAGUUCUACAUACAUGUCUUGGACUGUGAGCUGCCCAAAGUAACAGUCAUCAACACAUUGCCGGGCAAGGUUCUUCGGUCGCAGUCCCUUGAUCUGGCUGUGGACAUAAACUCAAGUAACUGUACAGAGUACCAGUCUCAACAUGAGUGGCAGGUGUUCAGAGCUCCCAGCUGCUCUAGCCUGACCGGGAAGAUAGACCUAGGCAACACCAACAGUCCUACUCUUCAUCUGCAAGCUAGAACAUUGCCAUCAGGAUCUUAUUGUGUUGUGUUCAAUACCUCGUAUCUUGACACAUUUGUGUAUGAGACUGUGAAUGUGAACUUUACAGUAGUGUCAUCGGAACUGGUCGCUGUGAUUGCGGGUGGCAGUGGACGUGUGGUGUCAAAGAACACAGACUUGAACAUCAGCUGCCUGGACUCCUCGGACCCCGACAUGGAUGCAACAGCCCUCAGUUGUAGCUGGACCUGCAUCAGUACUACAUCAGAACCAUGCCCCUGGAUAAAUAGUGAGGACUCUAACUUUCUGAGCAACUUUUCUUCUGGCGAAUACACACUAGACUUGACUGUCACAGAUGCUACUUCUGGGAGAACAGCAACAACAUCACAGAUGAUCAGUGUAGUCCCUGAGGCAGUGCCGUCCUUGAGCAUCAAGUGUCUCAGUUGUUCUGAAUCCGGGUCCAUCAACGCCUAUCAACAGUUGGUACUCAGCUCACAGUGUUCCAACUGCCAAACUGAUGCCAACUACACCUGGAUCCUCAACGUGGAUGGAAAACUCCAUCCUCUGACAGAUUCCCAGACACUGACAACACUCCAUGGACCCAACCUCGUGAUCAAACAAGGGGUGAUUCCAGUGGGAUCUGAUUACACGGUCACUGUCAGCAAAAGCUUUAGAUUAGUCAGCAGGACUGGAUCCAGCAGUUUGAAGCUCCAUGGUAACAAGCCCCCGUCUGGAGGGACCUGCACGGUAAUGCCAACAACUGUCCAGACCCUUGCGAACAAGGUGAAGGUCAGUUGCUCGGGCUGGUCAGACAGUGACAACACAGCACAGCUCUUCUACAAGGUGAUUGCCAAAGGAACCAGCAGCAUGGAAACGUAUCAGGUGUGCUACGGCGUCAACAGGGAUCUGACUUUUUACCUGGCAUCUUUCCCCGGGUCGGACAAAGUGACCUUGGAGGUGCAGGUCAUUGACAAUGAGGGGGCUUAUACAUCCACAACGGCAGGCAGCGUCACUGUGAGGACCCCGGCCAACAUGACCGACUACAUUUUUGAGCAGGCUCAGUCAGCACUGCCAGCCCUGAUCAAACAAAACAAGCCAUCACUGUUGCUGCCAUACAUCAUAGCCCUGAGUCAGGAGCUGAACCACGAAUCUGACGUCAUGCCUAGCAUCUUGUCCAAGGAGAAGCGAGCCACCGUCCGGGAUGCCAUCACCAUGACCUUGAUGACCAUCCCGGUGACAAUCCUGGAGGACGUGCAGCAGGUGGCCUAUCUGCUCCAGCUGCUGACGAAAUACUUUGAUGAAUACCAGACGGAAUCUUGUCACCUUGUGAUUGUUGAAUCUCUGAAGAACAUUACAAAUGUACUGCAAGCCAACGCUUUCCAGGGCCGGAACCAGGAGGAUUUUGUGCCACAUCAUCUUCUAGCAACUAUCUCCAAUUUGAUUGAGGCCGUCAAUCUCGGCGUAUACAACCCCGAUGCUGUGUCUGGAUGGGAGACGUAUCCAAUCCACGACUUCUACAGAAGCUUCAUUAACCUGCGACCCGAGAUUAGCUCCGCCUUGGAACAAGUCAUGUCUUCCCACAGUCCUACCUUCACGGCCACAGAUGUCAAACAUAGGCGAACUGUCGUUCCAAGUGCGUUUGAGAUCGCCGAACAGAUCAUGACCACUAUUCUAAUGACAACAAUGUGGAUGCAAGAUUCAAUGGUGAUCAACCUUGGUGGGAUUGAAGUUCAUGGUCAGAGGUCAAAAGUCAAGGAAAUUUGGUCUACACUUGAGCUAGAAGGGUGUGAAUUUCAUCUACCCCCAAAUCUUUUUCAAGGAAUCAUUGGCGAAGAAGAAGAAAUCUUCCAGAUAAUGUUUGUGUUGUCAAAGAACCCCUUCACAUGGGGGUACAUUAACAACAUGACUGUCAACUCUAGAGUUCCCUCCCUUAGCUUCAAGUUCAACAAUGGAAAAGCCAUCCCUCUCCAAGGACUACCAGAAUCAAAACACAUCAAUAUGUUCAUGUUUGAGAAUGUUGUCCAGAGCAACAAAACCCAGACACUUGAGAACAGCAGCCUGUUCGACAGCAUCUAUUACAAGCCAUUAGCCAACCUUGACUACACCACAGACACUGUCAAACGCUCCAAAGCCAAACGUGUCAACUUUGACGUCUCUAAUGGAGCUGACGGAGCCUCUGGUCUCCACAUCCAGGUGAGGAUGGACGUUGUAGCCAACACCACUGAUGAGGAGGAGGGGGUGGUUCCCCAAGGAUCUCUGAAGGUGUAUCUCGGGGACAACUUCCUCCCAACCAAGAGUACAUACACUGACUAUAAGCUGAUCUCAACAUCAGACAUGGCUGACAAGGUCGACCAUCGCAACUACACAUUCUUCAUAACAUCAGAUUCCUUCAAGAGGAAAAGACACUACACCCUCAGCGUGUACAAUGAGGAUGCCUACCACGACAUCAACAUCUCCAUCGCCAUCUACUUCUCCAGCUGCCAGUUCUUCAACACCGACAGCAUGAACUGGGACAACAACGGCUGCCAGGUGAUGGAUGUGUCAAUCACAACCCGUACUGCAUGUCGAUGCAACCAUCUGACAUCGUUCGGCAGCAGCAUGCUCGUCCCACCCAGCGCCAUAAACAUCGUAGACUUGGUGAAUUUAGACCUGUCAACAAAUCCAGUUGUGAUGAUUGCUAUCAGUAUCAUCCUGUUUGUCUACUUCGUCGUCGUAUUAAUCUGCCGGAAGUUGGAUCGUAUGGAUUUGCAGAGAGUGACCAGAAUCCCCCUCUGUGGCAAGAUGGGCCUCUAUAAAUAUGAGGUGACCGUGGUGACUGGACGCAAAAUGGGAGCAGGCACAACAGCUCACAUUGGCAUUAAGCUGUAUGGUGAAGACGGGAAAGGGGAGAUGAGACAUCUGACCAAACCUGCUGCUUUCCAGCGCAACUGUACUGACAAAUUUCUCAUAGCCUAUGACACCAGGUUAGGGGAUUUGAAGAAAAUCCUGAUCUGGCAUGACAACACAGGGCUGUCCCCCUCCUGGUACCUCAGCCAUGUCAUCGUGAAGGACCUCAGUGAUGGCACCCUUGGUCAUGGCAGGACUUAUUACUUUGUAGGAAACGCAUGGCUGUCAGUUGAGAUGGAACCAGGACUACUGAAGAAAGAGAUUCCGGCAGCCAAUGAACUUGCAAUUCAAACAUUCUCCAAUACAUUCAAGAUGGCGGCUUCGCACGGUUUUGCUGACAAACAUCUGUGGAUGUCUCUGAUGGAUCGCCAUGACCACAGUCGCUUCACCCGUGUCCAGCGGGCAUCCUGCUGUGUGACAGUCAUCUUGUUCUUCAUGAUGGUCAACGCUAUCUGGUAUGGAAUCAUCAAGACAAGCAGUGAUGCCAGAGCGGACUAUUCCUUCUCCUGGGAGGAAGUGGUCAUCGGCCUUGUAUCCAAUGUUGUUGUGUUCCCUGUGGCGAUACUGCUGGUGUUCCUGUUCAAGUCAAGCAGAUCAAAAAACAUCUCACAGAUGGACAUUGAGGAUACUGAGAUUGAGAUCCCGGAUGAGGAGGAGAUGGACUUCAAUGACUUUGACUCCUACUACUGUGGAGAAAGCACAACUGGAGCAAUACCGGGUACCGGCUUGAAGCGGACACGGACUGAAUUCAACAUGCACGUGGCUCUCAGUGAGGAGGGGAGCAUUCUGAGUGGACAUGAGCCCAGUAAGCUGCCCGGUCCGGGGAAGUCCAACAUGUCCAUUUCCCGGAUGUGGGACCCCCUCAACAUCCUCAACUGGGCAGCAGACAAGACGCCAUCCUGGAAGGAGGACCGGGCAUCAACAGCAGGGACAACACGGGGAGAAGUCAAAAAGACAACAUCAGCUACUGCAUCCACUUCAAGUAGGGGAAAACCAAAGUCAGCCAAGUCGGCGCCCCAGGACAGUGACGAGGAGUUCAUCAAGGAGCUGGACCAACUGCACGAGGAUCUCACUCAGGAGGAGGCCCACAAGAAGAAGAAGAGGGCCAAGAUGGCCACGACAAAGAAAGGCAGUGGCAAGACGACAAACAAGGUGGCAGAUGACCUGUUCUGCUCCGAUGAAGAGUGGGCCACAGAGGGUCUGGAGGAUGGCAAGGGAGGGAAGUCAGCCGGCAAGAAGACCUUCACUAAGACCCCAGCCCGUGCUGCCGGUGCCACAGCACAACCCAGAUUCAACCCCAGAGAAGAUCCCAAACUCAGGAGAGCAAGGAAAACAUCCUUCCAUCUGGACGACGCAUCCACGGAUGAUGAAGGAGGGAAGGAAGGGAAGGCAAGCAAGCAGAACGUACAGGUCAAGGGUCAGCCGCUGCCACCUGGGAAACAGACCAACUCCAAAGAAGAUGCCAAGAAGGAAUUACCUGAAAGGAAGACCAGCACCACCUCCAGUAUUCUCAAGAAGCGAGACUCGUACGGACGAGCCUACAGCGCCGGAAGCAGCAUGAAGGAGAUCUCGUUUAUGAAACAGCCAAGCAUCAUGUCAGAGAAGUCCAAGAGCAACAUGUCUGCCAUCUGGAAGAGAAACUACUACUCUUCCACCAACCACACCACGGAGUAUGAGGCCACGUGUAUGCUGCCAUCAUGGUGUGUGUACGUGGCAUACGGCCUGAGCCUGCUCAUCAGCGUAGUCUCCAUCAUCAUCAUCUUGCUGUAUGGCUACCAGUUUGGGUCGGAGGUGUCACUCAAGUGGCUGUUGUCUCUCUUCCUAGCAUUCAUUUGCUCAGCCCUCGUCAUCGAACCUACCAAGGUGUUGCUGGUGGCGCUGUAUCUGGCCGCACGCAGCCGCGACGUCCAGGAGGAGAUCGACAAGGAGUCCAUCAGCAUACCGCCAGUAGUCGACAAUGUCUUCGAAACAUUCAAGGAUGUGAAGUUCCGUCCCCUGGGCGGGUUUGCCCUGAUGCACGCCAAGGAGGAGGGCGUGAAGAUCCAGCGCAUGCACGUGAUGUUGCGACAGUUCGUCUCCCACAUGUUCCUGCUGUCCCUGCUGCUGGCGAUCAGCUUCAUCUACAACGGCACCACCAACUGCAUGUUCUCGCAGCAUGUGCAACAUCUCCUACAUCAGGAUGGAGCUGUAGGACUCAACCUCAGUCAUGUCAGGAGCAUCCCAGACUUCAGGACGUGGACUGAGACGGUGUUGGCCAAUACGCUCCACUGGCAGGAGUUGAACCCCCAGGAGCAGUUUGGGGUGCUACUGGGGCCUGCAAGACUCCGUCAGAUCAGAGGCACACUCGGUGAUUGUCCGAUCAGUUCCCCCCUUGCCAAGUUCCACUUGCCCACACUGACAGCAUUACCAUGUGAGGGAAACCUCGGCUACACUGAGGACACCAACACCUACGGCGAAGCCUGGAGCAACAGCAUCGGCAGCAACGUGACCUGGAGAUACUUCACAGCGACUGACCUUCACAUGCGGGCCAAGUACGGCCAUGACCUCCACUACUCUGGUGGGGGCUACGUGAUGACCCUCGGUAACACCUACAACGAGACACUCAGCAUCCUCAGCAACCUGUUUGACAGUGACUGGAUCAAUCUGCGGACAAGGGCUGUGUUUGCUGAGUUCACUCUGUACAGUGCUGCCGCCGACCUCACAACCACAGUCACCGUCCUCCUUGAGUUCCCCUUGUCAGGAGGCGCUCUGUCUAGUCAGUAUGUGUCCACUCUCAAACUCCUGCGAUUCCUCCCCGGCAGAGUGGAUCCCCUCAUGGUCUGUGAGGUUCUGUUCCUGCUGUGCGUCAUCUACCUGGUUGUCCAUCUUGGGCUCACGAUACGAGAAGAACGAGCCCAGUUUGUGAAGCAGUUCUGGAACUGGUUAGAUCUAGUCAUUGCGAUGUUGGCAGUUGUGUGUAUUGGCCUCUACAUCGCUUGUGUUGUCAUGGCAACAGACACGUUUGGUUACUACACUGCUCACAAGAAUGAUUUCACCAACUUUGAGAUGCCCGCACACUUGCAUGAUGUUAUGCGUAUGCUGCAUGCAUGGCUGUUGUUCCUAAUAUUCCUGAAGAUUGUGCGACAGUUACGCUUCUUCCCCAUGUUCCAUGCAUAUGGGAAGACGAUCUCGAAUGCACUGGGGAAACUGGCCGGCUGUACGCUGAUAUUCCUGUUGCUUCUGAUGUCCUAUGCUCAGCUUGGAUACCUGUAUUUUGGAAUGACAACCCGUGGCUUUGCAAGCUUCCAGUCGGCUCUACUUUCCCUGAUGGGAGUGAUACGAGGGUCAUUUGACUUCUGGCACUUCCUGCACCACUGGCCUGUGAUGACCCACUUCUACUUCUACUCCUUCUACGCCUUCGCCUACGGGCUGUUCAUUGGGCUGGUGAUUGCUGUGGUGCUGGACACGUACAAGAUCACCCACCAGUCCAUGUUCUUCAAGUCUUCCCUGGACACACAGGACCAUGAGAUGAUUGAGUUCAUGAUGAGGAGGUUCAAGCUGUGGGCAGGCAUCACCAAACAGAAACCUGCAUUCCGAUCAGUCCGGUUCAAGGGUCAUCCAUCGCUGCCGAGUCGAGCCAGUAGCACAUCCCGUCGUUCCAGCAUCUCAUCCUCUCUCAGCAGCGGCAGUGAUCCGUUACUGUCGGAGGAACAAGCCCUGUACUUGGAGCACCAGCUGGACAACGCGGUGCCACGCUGGGAGCAUCUGCUCAACCGCUUCGACAGGAUUGAAAAGCUUGAGGUAGAAGAAGAUCAUCAAAUGAAGAAGAUCGAAAAAGAAAUCAAAGGUUGGGAAACAAAGCAAAAUAGCCCUCAGCGAAAGUUGCCUGUCAAACCAAAGAGCACCUUUGAGAAAUUCCAACACAACUUCAAGGGCAGGAGUCAGUUUGGAGGGAAAAACAAACAACUCGUUGGUCGAACUUCUGUUACACCUCCAACAAUAUCACCAAGGAAACCAGUAACCGAGACACAGGAAGUACGUCCUCAUAGCUAUGAAGGGGAACGUUCAGAAGCUGCUUUGGUGAAAAAUAUGCAAGAGAAAAAACGUGACACAACCAAAAAUGUGAGAUUUUCAAAACCUGCAUGGUGAAAGCAAGUGCUGAUGAUAACCUAAAGACUAUAUGAAGAAGACACAGCUGUGUCUAAAUGAGUAUUAUCUGCUGUGCAUCAGACACAGAACUGUCAAAGAUUUGACUCUACAGAGUAUCUCAAUCACACCAAAGGUCUCUUACUGUUUGUACAUAGUGUUCCUAAAAUGAUAACUGUACAUAAUGUGCCAUGACUGAACGAUUGACAAAACCAAAUGCCAAAACCCUCCACCACCUCCAACAGGCCAGGUCCAACAGUUUCUGUGAUGAUCCUAACAACACCUACAUGCCCACAAGUCUUCAGUGUUGUUCACUGGAACAUGUGUAUAGGUCCACAAGUCAUCUGUGACGUUCAUAGGAAUGCCUACAGAUCCACAAGUCAUCUGUGACGUUCAUAGGAAUGCCUACAGAUCCUCAAGUCUUCUGUGAAGCUCCAAGGAAUGCCUACAGAUCCACAAGUCUUCUGUGAUUUCCAAGGAAUGCCUACAGAUCCUCGUCUUCUGUGACGUUCCAAGGAAUGCCUACAGAUCCACAAGUCUUCUGUGACGUUCCUAGGAAUGCCUACAGAUCCACAAGUCAUCUGUGACGUUCAUAGGAAUGCCUACAGAUCCACAAGUCUUCUGUGACGUUCCUAGGAAUGCCUACAGAUCCUCAAGUCUUCUGUGACGUUCCAAGGAAUGCCUACAGAUCCACAAGUCUUCUGUGACGUUCCUAGGAAUGCCUACAGAUCCACAAGUCUUCUGUGACGUUCCUAGGAAUGCCUACAGAUCCUCAAGUCUUCUGUGACGUUCCUAGGAAUGCCUACAGAUCCACAAGUCUUCUGCGAUGCUCAUCUACAAACUGCUGAUAAUGGUGUCCAGACAUCUGUUCUUGAAGACUGAACCAAUAGGGAUGCCAUGCUGUUGCCUUUAUGUUGCUCUGACUAGAGGUGUAGCUAGCCAGGUUGACAACUGCCAAACAGCUUCCCACCGACAGAUUAUGCCUUACAUAUAUAUAGGGAGGGCUGGUGUGUCAACCCGUCAUAAUGUUGUCCGUCCAUGUGCGAGGUCAGUUGUUGAAGGAUCUGCCAAUCAGAAUCUGUGAUAAAGACACAAGAAAUCCCAGGGUUACUAGUGCUAUUGAAUGAACAGUCCUGGAUUUCAAUUGGCUGUAUGUUGUAUAUGUGUAGAUAUUAGCAAACACCAUGUGCCAAAUCAGUUAUAACAACAACAGUAAAUGGUCAUCUGAACAUCUUUAGUGUGUCCUUGUACAGAUUUUGUUUUGAAUAUUAAUAUUGAUUUAUGGACCAACAACAAUUUUCAUUUUUUUGUACAUGUGCCUUUACAUUUUUAUACCAAUGGUUGCCAAAUUCCUACCGUCCCAUUUAAGCUGAUAUGAAAUGUUCCUUGUAUAUUGUUGAGCUGUAUUAACAGCGGAGUAGUUUUACAUGUACCAUUCUGUGAUAGUGUCAUGUUUGUAUUUCCUUAAGUUAUUAUUAAGUUAUUUUGUAAGAGAUGACAUAAAUAAUCUUAAUCCAGUUAUACAUUUUUGUUAAGGACAGACCAAUAUAUUUUACCGUUUUAUUGAGGAAGGUAUCCUAAAUUAUGGAAAAGUAAACAAAUAAAAAUAGAAAAAGUUUGUUUACUUUAAAUGUUUUAUGUAAAUGUGUUUUUAUUGGUCAUAUCUAUUUAACAUACCAUUUAUUUCGAAUCAAUCCUGACAUGUAUUUUCUACUUAUUGCCUCUGCCUGGAGAACCUAUUUGCUAUAAUAAAAUUGAAUUGGCCUGGCCAAAUGAUUCAUUAUAGGGAUUGAGAGUGUGCCAGAAUCAGUAGUAUUUGUAUUAUAUCUAAUUACCAAAGAAAAUUAAUCUGAAACAUUAACUUAAUUUAUUUAUUCUGUGAACAGCUGAGUGCAUUGAUAUAUCCAGUGGUUAGUUUAAUGAAACUUCCAAGUGAACAAAUUUUAAAUUUGAUGUGCUGACAUUUUGCAGUUUAGAACUUUUAAUCACAUGAAACUACUUUCAAGGUGAACUGUAUUUGAUAAUAUUAACGCAUAAUGAUCUGAACACAUUUAUCCAUGCAUUUAAGUGUCCUGUGUUCCCCUUGAAUAUUGUAUUUUAAAACCUCAGAAAACAGUCCUUGUAAACUAGCCCUGAGAAAGUAUGGUUAGAUAUUGUUUAAUAUUAACUAGACUGUCGGUUCUGGCAGUUAUGUGGACAUUUCUAUAUAAUACCUGCUUCAAGACAAAAAGAAGGACUUUUUCACUUUCUUGAGUUGAGGAUUCCGGUAUUUGAAGCACACUGUGUAUUUGUAUUUUACCCACUUAUUUACCAGGGUGUAUCCCGACUUUAGCUCCUGGCCAACUCACUGGACAAGAUUAGGAGUAUCUUUUAUCUCUGCUAGGAUAUCUUCUUCAAACAAAUAGGAAGCAUUAUCACAAGUCAGAACUUUCUUUUCAUUAAGUGUCAUGAAUGUAAGAUAGAAAUGUCAUGCUAUUUUGAUGUCUACUCACUCUUGAAACGAAUAUAAACUUUCCUUUUGUCUGAUAUUUGAAAUUAGGGAAUGAUGGCUUUUAAUUCCCUAAUGGUAAAGCAUCAGAUCUGAACCAACAUUAUUUCCUUCACCUUCCAGUUAAGUCUAAACAUAUUCAUUGGUGCAUGUAGGAGUUACUUCCCUUCUUCAUGGGUUCAGCAGCUAAGUUACGUUUUGAUAAGUUGACAAAAAGAGCCAAAAAGUUCUGUUUUUAAAGUGAUCAACGAUUAAAUGUUGGGAUUUGAGGAUGUGUUUACCCUAUGUCUGUCAGUUUUCUGAAAAUAGCGGUACACUGACAUGUAUGUAUAUAGGGUCCUACAGAGGAUCCGCUUUGUUCCUGUACAGUCUAAUGUAACACAAUAUGUGACAUUACGCUUCAUCCCUACCUCAUUGUAUUUAUCAAGAUGUAACAACAAAUUAUUGUCUUGUUGCAUGUAGCAGGGUGUAUGUAAAGGUAAUCAGUCAGGUGGAUCCAAAAAUAAUGUUUUCUACAAUUGAGUCAGUUGAAUUGGGUAGACAGUUGGCAUGCUGUUUUUUUUACAUAUAAACCAUAUUUGUUGUGUGUGUAAUACUGUUUGUAUGUAGCAACUGAACAGCUAGAAACUAGAAUAUCAGUACAAUGGUGAUUCACUUAACAUGACUGAAAAGAAUUUACCUCUGAGAAAUAUGAAUAUUUAAGAGUGCUUGAUGUAGAGGUAGCAUUAUUUCUAGUCUUGAGUAUAUUACCUGCUUAUUCUAUUCAUUUGUUGUGUAAAUAUUAUUUUAUGUUUAUAGUGCUUUGUUGUUGUAGAAACUUGGUACAGGCAAUCCUAUGAAGAAAAUAUGUAUCAUUAAUAUUAAAUCAAAACUGUGACAGAAUUGUAAUAAUAUGUGAGCAUGAACUAUAAAUCACCACAAAUAAUUACACAUAAUUACACAUAAUUGUAGGGGGACUUCACCCUUGCCUGGUGGCUGUCUGAGAAAAGUUUCACAUGGCAUAUAAAUUUAUUGCACUUUACAUAUUAUUUAGUUUACAGAUUCGACCAAGCCAAAAGCCACUUUCACAACAUAAAAUAAAAAUAGUCUAGAUUUAUUUUUAUUUUCCCAACCACUCUUUAAUGGAUUAGAAGCAAAAUGCUACAACUACAUACCCGGUAAAUUGGUAACUGUUUACUUCCAGGUAAUAUUUCAUCAAAUGCAUUGCAGUCUCUGACCAGUGCAGUCUUCUUAUAGACAACAAAGCCUUCUCAGGCAUGUAUUCAUAUACCCCUCACUGUAAUGCUAGAACACUCUGAACACACAAUAAGCAUUUCCCCACUAAACCGACAAACACAAAUACACAUCUCUACACAUCUUCUAUUGUAUUUAUUGUGACCAACCCAAGGUAAUUGGCUGGCCAAAUCCUGGAAACCAGGAAUCAGUUAAGUGUCUAAAUACAAUGUCCAGGCUUGGUCCUCCUACUCAAAUAAUCAUCCAGAUUGUACAGAAUCAGUUUGGUGUAGCAUGGAAUGGGAGUACAGGAGACGAAACAUCCAAAGUUGACCAAUGUUUAUAAGAACAAUGAUACAUUUAAUAGUGAAGUAUAUAACUGAGUCAUAAAAUAUAUUAUUGAUACUCGUCAAUGCUGUGAACAUUAUUUACCUCUUUGAAUGUGAUACUGGUGAUCAAGUUUGUACAUGUAUUACUAAUGUGAUUUUGAUGUUUAGUAAAAGAAGGCACAGUUUCAGUUUCUCAGGCAUUCCCAGUAGAAAGCUUGUCCUGUUUCUCAUUUGGCAGAGUGACUCCAUCCGUUGUGCUCGUUAUGAAAAUCUCACCAACAGUUAACUGCUUGUGCCAUGUCACAAUCAGAGAUUAAUUGCAAAAAUGUAAGUUAAUACACUCGGGUAACUUGAAGCAAAUAAAAACUUUCAGAUUUCCAGGUUAACAAGUCACGGUUACAGAGUAAUGUCACUGUAUAUAUAUACCGAUAUGUAAGAUUUCUAUAGUUAUCGCCCAGAAACUGGGGGGGUCCUGAUUUACAAGGUUACUGUAAUGUUCGUAUUGACAAAAUAAGACAGUGUGUUUCAUGUUUCACACUGACAAGAAAAUGGAUCUUCAGAAUGUUGUGGCAAACUAUUCUGUCAGUUUCUAUGUGUUUAUUUAUUUGUGUCCAAUAUGACUAUAAAGAAUGGUAACCAAUAACUGCUGAAAUGCCUGACAAACCAAGAUUGUGUGUUGACGAGAAUGAUUUGUAUGUACUGACGAUGCAUGUCUAGGCAUGUAGAACUGUUGUCCACAUUUAACCCUGAGUGUUUAGUGCUGCAUGAUCUGUGAUACACAGAGAUGCCGUCCAUUUCAUUACACUUUACACAAUGCCGGUGAUUGGUCAAUCUCAUUUAAAGCUUCAAGGCGUAGGAUGCUUCAAAUGAUGAAAUUAUGCUUGUCUCAAGUAAAUAGACCUUUUGUCUCAUGACCAAUUCUACACACUGCUGAACAGUUGAGGUGGGACACCAUGGUGAUUUAGCAUCGAUACAAUGGCUUACAAAGGCUGUGUCACGAAAGAGGCAAAUACUUCAAAAAUGUUAUCCUCCCCACUUCACACCACCCUGCCCUAUCCCCAAUAAAACGUGCACAUUUCAGCUUGGAGGACCAUCUACGAGGAGAUCCCAGCUGUGGUAUGUUUCCUCCCCCACGCACAGCGACCUUCCUGCAGCAGCAAGGUCAUGUACAGAUAUAUUUUUGAAUGCUAUUUAUGUUUGUUUUCUUAUACAAAUCUCAAUUCCUUUAAAUAUAUUUUAUAUGUGACGACUGUCAAUUUUUUUGACAAAGGGAUAUAAUAAAAAUAUAAAAAAUA